AUGAUGAAUUUAAUUUAUUUAUUUUCUACUAUUUAUGGACUUUUAUUAAGAGUAGAAUACACAAAAGAAUUAACUAAACAAUCUAAAACAUUUAAAAUAGAUUCAUUAGUAGGACUUGGGGAUGAAAAGAUGAAGGAAUUGAUAAAUUUUGUAACGGAAGGGAAAAGAACUAAAAGCUUCGAAACAAAUUUGCAUUUUUUAAACACAGAUACAAUAUUUAAUUUUAAAAGCUUUCUUUACAAUGCAGAUGAAGUUAAAAAAGUAAAAAUUUCUGCAACAAUUGAUAAUAAAGUUGUUAAAGAUAAAUAUUUUCCAAUGUUAAAAAUGUUGUUACGAAUAAAUUUGAUUGUAAAUAAAGAUUGGAAAGUUUUUGAUCAACUUGAUCAAAAAAUUGAAAAAUUUAAAAAUUUAGAAAAUUGUAAGUACUAUUGCUCUUGUAAAUUUUCUACAAAAGAUUUAGAAAAUUGUGUGGAUUUUCGAAUUAUAUUGAAAUUUUUAGAACAAAGUACAAAUAAAUCACUGUUUUAUUUGACUAAGCAAUUUAUUAUUUUUUAUGGUGAAGAAUAUGAUCUUGCUUUUAACAAGGAGCUCGAAGAAUUUAUAGAGUUAGAAGAAGAAAAAAUAUUUGAAUGUCAUGAUAAUAUUAUUUUAUUAUUAGAAAAUAUUGAUUUUAACAAUUAUGAUAAAUUAAUAUUUACGAAAGAAGAGAUAAAAUUUUUAGAACUUAUUAAUUAA